UCAUUUUUAUACCGAUUCUUUUUCAUCACAAUCAUUAAUUCUUGAUGGAGCACUAAUUAUCACAUUAGCAGAUUGUAAUUUAAUAUCAUCAUCACCGAAUGAUCAUUUCCUUCAAAUAUCUAAGCUUUUAUGGGAGCACGUUCUUUGCAGUCCGUUGAUAUCACUUGAUGUAUCAGAAAUUACUCGAAUUUUUGAUGCUGUUAUUUCUUCUUCCUCAGUUCAUGUUGCUUGUUUGUUUGAAAUAUUGAUUUCUUAA